CCCCUGGCAACGGACCAGAGUGCCAAUUAUCACCAAAGUCCCCCAGGUUCUCCCAUCUCACUCUGUGUAUUAGUAUCAUCAGCAGCGCCGGGAAAGUUUAGAAGCUUCUCGCGUCAGGGGAAAACGCCAUCGCUGACACAGUAAGUCAUUGGGAUGUGUUUAAUUAUUAUUUUACCAUGAAAGAUUAGAUUCCAAGAUAGAGCUUCAGAGUACAUUUGUGAUUUCAUUUUAUUUAUGUGUAUUGUCCUUACAAUGCUGUUUUUCAUAUUUGUGUUAUCAUGAGUCAGAAUUGUGACAAUAUUUCAUAUGUGUUGAUGGAGAUAGAUGGAAAUGUUGCAGCAAUUAUGAGAUGAAAGCAAUUGAUUGGUCAUAUUUGAUCAGUGGUUUUAGUGUGCAGUUGAAAAUUAUAAUGCAAUACUGCUUUAUAAGUGAAAAGAUGUUCAUGGUGCUUUUUUUUUAUUGUUUUCUGGAUUAUAGAUGAAUUGCAACAGUAAAAUCAGUAAAUGUAAUGAUUUAUCAUUUCAAGUCUCAGUUCCAAUUAAGUUGUUUAUUGCAGUAUUUCAAUAGUGGCUCCUGUGCUGCAGUCUUAGCGUCUUCCUGUGUUUCCCAGGGCUCUGAUCCUAGCCAUAUAGACUCCUCUGCAGGAGGACGGGGGCUCCAAACCUUCCUCCUGCUGGAUUAGUGAGAGCGAGAGAGAGAACAAGAGAGAGAGAGAGAGAGAGAGAGAGAGAGAGAGAGAGAAACAUAGAGGAAUCAGCAUGGGUUCCAGCUCCUCUUCCUAUGCCCCCAAAACCAUCUAUCUGGACGUGGAUGGCAAGGUUCAGAAGGUGGGUCCACCUCUAUGAGGUUUAUAUUGUCUCUUUCCCCCCCCCCCCAUUUUUUUAUUGUAUUUGUAUUCUUGAAUUCUAUCUGAUAUUAUUAUCCGGAUCAGCUGAGUUAACAGAUUGCGCCGUCAGCUAUUUUCUCUACCGUAGCUAGUCAGCGUACUUGAAAUCAAAUAGUGAACGCCAAGAAUGAAUGUUUGAUUACCUAUCCAUGAGUUCCAUCCGUUUUCAUUAGCAAAUAUCCUGGUUGACCACAAAAUGAGAGCCACAGACACAGGAACCGUGCUCUUCUCUUCUUCUUCUCUUCUGUGUGAGAGGAGAUGCCCUCUGAGCUAGUCAGUGGGAGCUCUGGGGUCACUCCCGUAUCAGAGUUAGACUCUUAUCAUAGACAGCAUCCAAAUGAUCUUGUGUGAUUACAUCUCUUCAAUCAUUGAGGUCCCUGGCUGCAAUGAGGGAGUCAACCAAUAGACAGACAGAUGGUGAAAUGGUGUCAUUUUUCUACUAAUUUUAGGCUACAGUAUGGUUUGACUACUGUAUGAAUCAGGUGACCAAACCAAAAGCUUGCCAAAGUCAUAUAAUCUCUACAGGUGGCUAAUGAUAUUGACGCAAUGUGGGUUCAUUAUGGCUCCACAACCACACACCUAAUCUCAUGCACCAGUCAUUCUGUGCCCCUUGAUGCCUAUAUGCUCUGUUUCAUUUCCAUAUUCGUGGUGAAUAAAAAAGUUGUGAAUACUCCUCAAAACAUGAGUCAGGUGAGAGGCCUCUGAGAUAGCUGUGUUUUCAAGUUGUGGUAAAAAUAGACCAAGAGGUGGUGUAACAGUGUGGUUCACAGGUGUUUGUGGCGUACUUUAAACAAACACAGACAGUGCCACCUGUUGCUAACAUGUUCUAUGCCUCCAUUGUUUUCUACUCCCUCUGAGUCUGAGGAAAACUAUAGAUGGUCCUGUGUGGCUCAGUUGGUGAAAGCACGUUGCUUCCAAGGUUAAAUUCCCGCAAGGAUCACAUACAGAAAACGUAUGCACUCCCUGUACUGUAAGGAAAACCAGAAUUGUGUGGUGGACUAAUUCAUUAUCAAAGGGGGAAGAAACAGAACAUGAUAUUUGUGAGGGUAGAAACAUUACUAGCCUACCCAGUAUGUUCUUGUUAUCACAGCUCCCGGGCCAUUGCACUGUAAGCAUAUAAUGCAGACAGAUAACACGCUGCUGCCACUCUCUGUUUAUUAUUUAUGCAUUGUCACUUUAACUCUACCCACAUGUACAUAUUACCUCAAUUACCUCGACUAACCUGUGCCCCUGCACAUUGACUCUGUACCGGUACCCCCUGUAUAUAGCCUUGUUACUGUUAUUUUACUAUUGUUAUUUUACUGCUGCUCUUUAAUUAUUUGUUAUUUCUUUUUAUUUACAUUUUUUACUUUCUUACUUAUCUAUUUUUUACUUAACACUUAUUUUUCUUAAAACUGCAUUGUUGGUUAAGGGCUUGUAAGGAAGCAUUUCACUGUAAGGUCUACACCUGUGGUAUUCAACGCAUGUGACAAAUACAAUUUGAUUUGAUUUGAUUUGAUAUAGGCUACUGUGUCUCAUAUUUGCUCUCAUCAUAUAAGCUUCAACAUUGUGGUGUGAGGGUAGCCACUGACUCAGAAGAUUGGGUGAUCUCGCUCUCUGAGGCCGUUGUGAGUAAAGUCUUUAAUCAGGUCAACACCCGCAAGGCCGCAGGGCCCGAUGGUAUUCCAGGGCACGUUCUCAGAGAAUGCGCAGAACAGCUGGCAGGCAUAUUCAUGGUCAUUUUCAACCUCUCCUUGUCCCAGUCUGUAAUCCCCACAUGUUUUAUGAUGACCACCAUCAUCCCUGUUCCUAAGAACUCUAAGGCUUCAUGCCACAAUGACUACCGCCCUGUAGCACUCACUUCUGUAAUCAUGAAGUGCUUUGAGAGGCUGGUUAUGGCACACAUUAACUCCACCAACCCAGCCACCCUAGACCAACUCAAAUUUGAAUACCGCCCCAACAGAUCCAUAGACGACACAAUCUCAAUUGCACUCCACAAUGCCCUCACCCACCUAGAUACGUAAGAGGAAUACCAAUGUGAGAAUGCUGUUCAUUGACUACAGCUCAGCGUUCAACACCAUUGUCCCCUCCAAGCUCGUCACCAAGCUUAGGACCCUGGGACUAAACACCUCCCUUUGCAACUGGAUCCUGGACUUCCUGACGGGCCGACCCCAGGUGGUGAGGGUAGGCAACAUCACCUCCCCCACGCUGACCCUUAACACAGGGGCCCACAGGGGUGUGUGCUUAGUCCCCUCCUGUACUCCCUGUUCAACCACAACUGCGUGGCCACACACGACUCCAACACCAUCACCAAGUUUGCUGACGAUGCGACAGUGGUAGGCCUGAUCACUGGCGACGAUGAGACAGCCUACAGAAUGAAGGAGGGCAUUGACCUGUUAGUGUGGGGCCGGAACAACAACCUCCCCCUCAACAUCAGUAAGGAGCUGAUUGUGGAAACGGGGGGGCAAUCAUCCACAUCGAUGGGGCUGCAGUGGAGCGGGUCGAGAGCUACAAGUUCCUCGGUGUCCACAUCACUAAGAACUUAAAAUGGCAUGGGCCCUCAAAUCCUCAAAAAGUUAUACAGCUGUAGCAUCGAGAGCAUCUUGACUGGUUGCAUCACUGCUUGGUAUGGCAAUAGUACUGCCCUUGAUCGCAUGGCGGUACAGAGGGUGGUGCGGACAGCCCAGUACAUCAUUGGGACCAAGCUCCCUGCCAUCCAGGACCUCUAUAUCAGGCGGUGUGAAAGGAAGGCCCGGAAUCUUUUUUUUCACCUUUAUUUAACCACGUAAGCCAGUUGAGAACAAGUUCUCAUUUACAACUGCGAUCUGGCCAAGAUAAAGCAAAGCAGUGCGAUAAAAACAACAACACAGGUUACAUAUGGGGUAAAACAAAACAUAAAGUCAAAAAAACUUGACCGAUGUCGGUUAAAUUACUUGAAUUUCAUUUCAUUCUUUUUUUUGUGAGCUCAAUGUGCACAUAAAUCAUAUGCCCGAACGGUGCUACGUAGUAGGGAGUUGUAGUUUCCAACAGGCCAAUGUUGUACAUAGUUUAGUGCAGAAAACUUGAUAAUUAACUACAAUGACCAUAAUCCAUUGCAGGUCUAAACUUGUCCAGUCUGUGUUUCUUUUACGCUUGCUAUGUAGGAGAGGGGGUACAUAGAGAGCAGCUUCUUCAAGAGGUAUCUCUACCUGAAAAUACAUGAUCUAAGUGAUUGAUAGUAUUCAGCAGUCAAAAAAGUAUGUUUUGUUUACUUUGAAGAACUACUAAAAUAGUGAUUUUAUUCAGACAGCAUAGGCAGCAGCUCUAUAGAGAUGAAAUGAUGACUUGGAAGGAAAUAAUGAAGUCAUCAAGUAAAACAAAUGUAAUAUACACAACAACUGAAAUAUUUUAUUGAAGUAAAGUAAUGUGAAUAAAUUAUUGUUAAUAAGUGAUAAGCAGAAAUGGGCAGUCACUACCAUCAUGGGACUAAUUGUUUUAUUCUGUGUUGUUACAGCAUUCAACCCACAUAAUGCAUAGUGCAUGUAAUGUUUAAAAAAAGUAAUCUAAACCGAAAUGGAUUUUUUAUAUAAUCGAACAGAAACCGAAACGACCUCAAAAAGCACUAAUCGCUCAGCACUACUGUUCUUUUGCUUCCGCACGGUCUGACACCAACAACAGCUUCAAUCCCAUGCCAUAAGACUGCUAAAUAGCUUACUAAAUAGCUGACAAAAUGGCUCCUCAGACUAUCUGAGUUGACCCUUGUAUUUUAUCCUUAUUUUUGCACAGUCUCUAUGCACACUCACAGGGCCCUACACACUUACCACACUGACACUCCAACACACACACACAUACUAAUUAUACUGACUCCACACACAUGCACACCCACUCACAUACAAUCAUCAUAUACGCUGCUGCUACUCUGUUUAUCAUAUAUCAUGAUGACUAGUCACCUUACCCCUAUACAUUUCUACCUCUAUCAAUCCAGUAUCUCUGCACAUUGUAAAUAUGGUACUGGAACUGACUUACUUAUGCUUACUUACUUUAUCGUGUUCUUCUUAUUUAUUAUUUUGUUCUACCUUGUUAUUUUUAGCAUUACAUUGUUAUUGAUUACUGCAUUGUUGGGGUUAGAUCUUGCAAGAAAGGCAUUUCACUGUACUUGUGCAUUAAAACGUAUUUUAUAGAAUGUUGCAAAUUAUACAACGUGUGGGUUUAAUCCUGGAUGCUGAUUGGUUAAAACCCAUUCCAGCUGGUGUCUAUUGCAAUGUUGCAUUUGGUAGCAUUUCAAAUAGCAACUGCUUCUCCAAUGGAUAUGGCCUCCAAUUUCUUUGGCUCAUUAAAUCUUGAAUGCAUUCAGGGAUAAAAAUGGUCAAUGCCUUCUGCAUAUUUAAUCCACUUAGCACAAGUGAAUCUACCAGAUUUGGUUACCUUUGAACACCGACUAGCCUAUGUAUUCAAGUCUGCUUUGAUUUUGGAUACAUAGGGCCAGGCACUUAGUAAACCCAGUAUAGUUGUGAUGACACAAACCCCUGUUGUUAUGGUGGCAUAGAGCUUUUUCAAGUAGAGACCUGAAAGUGACACAUGGCCAUUCAAGGGCUCGAGAGUUUGAGGGAUUGUCUACUACACCUGCUUGUGUAAAAGGUCUUCGUGUUGUUGGAGGCUAGCCAACAACAAGCUUAGAUACACUUUACUUGACAAUGACUUUCAGACAGACACAGUAUACAACGAAUAUGUGUGCCAUCAGCAUACCACUAUAUACAGUGGGGAGAACAAGUAUUUGAUACACUGCCGAUUUUGCAGGUUUUCCUACUUACAAAGCAUGUAGAGGUUUGUAAUUUUUAUCAUAGGUACACUUCAACUGUGAGAGACGGAAUCUAAAACAAAAAUCCAGAAAAUCACAUUGUAUGAUUUUUAAGUAAUUAAUUUGCAUUUUAUUGCAUGACAUAAGUAUUUGAUACAUCAGAAAAAAAGAACUUAAUAUUUGGUACAGAAACCUUUGUUUGCAAUUACAGAGAUCAUACGUUUCCUGUAGGUCUUGACCAGGUUUGCACACACUGCAGCAGGGAUUUUGGCCCACUCCUCCAUACAGACCUUCUCCAGAUCCUUCAGGUUUGGGGGCUGUCGCUGGGCAAGACAGACUUUCAGCUCCCUCCAAAGAUGUUCUAUUGGGUUCAGGUCUGGAGACUGGCUAGGCCACUCCAGGACCUUGAGAUGCUUCUUACGAAGCCACUCCUUAGUUGCCCUGGCUGUGUGUUUCGGGUCGUUGUCAUGCUGGAAGACCCAGCCACGACCCAUCUUCAAUGCUCUUACUGAGGGAAGGAGGUUGUUGGCCAAGAUCUCGCGAUACAUGGCCCCAUCCAUCCUCCCCUCAAUACGGUGCAGUUGUCCUGUCCCCUUUGCAGAAAAGCAUCCCCAAAGAAUGAUGUUCUUGGGGUUGUACUCAUCCUUCUUCUUCUUCCUAACACGGCGAGUGGAGUUUAGACCAAAAAGCUAUAUUUUUGUCUCAUCAGACCACAUGACCUUCUCCCAUUCCUCCUCUGGAUCAUCCAGAUGGUCAUUGGCAAACUUCAGACAGGCCUGGACAUGCGCUGGCUUGAGCAGGGGGACCUUGCGUGCGCUGCAGGAUUUUAAUCCAUGACGGCGUAGUGUGUUACUAAUGGUUUUCUUUGAGACUGUGGUCCCAGCUCUCUUCAGGUCAUUGACCAGGUCCUGCCGUGUAGUUCUGGGCUGAUCCCUCACCUUCCUCAUGAUCAUUGAUGCCCCACGAGGUGAGAUCUUGCAUGGAGCCCCAGACCGAGGGUGAUUGACCGUCAUCUUGAACUUCUUCCAUUUUCUAAUAAUUGCGCCAACAGUUGUUGCCUUCUCACCAAGCUGCUUGCCUAUUGUCCUGUAGCCCAUCCCAGCCUUGUGCAGGUCUACAAUUGUAUCCCUGAUGUCCUUACACAGCUCUCUGGUCUUGGCCAUUGUGCAGAGGUUGGAGUCUGUUUGAUUGAGUGUGUGGACAGGUGUCUUUUAUGCAGGUAAUGAGUUCAAACAGGUGCAGUUAAUACAGGUAAUGAGUGGAGAACAGGAGGGCUUCUUAAAGAAAAACUAACAGGUCUGUGAGAGCCGGAAUUCUUACUGGUUGGUAGGUGAUCAAAUACUUAUGUCAUGCAAUAAAAUGCAAAUUAAUUACUUAAAAAUCAUACAAUGUGAUUUUCCGUCUCUCACAGUAGAAGUGUACCUAUGAUAAAAAUUACAGACCUCUACAUGCUUGUAAGUAGGAAAACCUGAAAAAUCGGCAGUGUAUCAAAUACUUGUUCUCCCCACUGUAACUGACAUUGUAUAAUCUGUUUUGGCAUUUCUGUGUAUAUUGCUGUGAUUUACAGAGAAUGAUACAAACUCUCUCACUGGGUUGAUGACGCAAGAAUUUGUUGCUAGUAUGUUGUUAGAGUGUCGUAUUAUCUGCGAGAUUGGGUUGGUCCCUGACAAGGGUAGGCUACAAUGUGUUUAGUUCAAACAUAUUUUCAACUGCAUGCCUUUGUGAUUUAGUCCUCAACAUUUUAACUCUCAACAUACAGGGCUCACUUGAAAAAGAGAUGUGAAUCUUGAUGUGACUUCCCCGUUUAAAUAAAGGGUAAAUAACAUUUAAAAAAUAUAAUUGUUUUCUUCCCCCACUCUUUCCACUUUGGACACUGCAGCCUUUUCUUUUACAACAGACUCAGGUCUCACAGAGAGCUGAUUGUUUUCAGAUGGCUUGAGAUGCAUAGGGAGACACAGACGACACUCACCAUGCGUCUGCCUUUUUUCAGGUGGUUUUCAGUCGGCACUGCAGCCCAUGUGACAUCAAGGAGCUUCUUUGUUCCUCAUCCAACAUCCCCAGGUCAGUGACAUUUCAGCUGCAGCCAUCACCUUCUCUCGUCUCUCUCACCACUCCCUCACAGUCACACGUCAGUCUAAAGUAUGCAUUACACACAACACAUUUGUUUCAAGUUCACUACAAACUUAUCGACCCCCUAUCCUGACAGAGCUUCAUGAAUGAUAAGUAAACUACAAGUAAACACCAAAUGACAAGCUUAGCGUGUGUUUUAGAGCAUAUUAAGAAGAAAUGGAGGUUGCAUUCUUAAUGGAACACUAUAUAGAGCACUAAUGUUGUGACCUUGUCAAAAGUAGUGCAGUUUGGGAAUAGGGUGCUAUUUGGAAUGCAUCCUUAUUAUUUAUUAUUGUUGCUCCCCCUCCAUAGGAAUACUGCCAUCAUGAUGGUGGAUCCUGAAGGGGCCCUGGUGUCCAUAGACCCGACUAUGCCUACCAACUCUCCCAAGUAACACGUCACCUUUACCCUAAUCGCCUAAUCUCAAUGAUACAGUAUAUUUAUUGAUCUCAGUCGUAGAAAAGCCUUCCUGACCGUUGUUAAUCCAAAGACUACAUAGCCUUUAUACUCUGAGUAAAAAUACUUUUCAAAUGUGAUGUAAACUAUGACUUGAUGAAUGAUGUUAGAAUGUCACUGACAUGUUUUACAGCUCCUUGUACAAAGUCAUUUCUUUGUCCACCGGUCAGCUAGGAGGUGAAGUACCAAAGUGAUAUUUCAAAUUCAGCAACACUUUUUAACCUUUGACCUUUUAGUCCUUAAUUAAUUCUUACUCACAUAACUCACAUAAAGCUAUGACAACAAAACUUAAAAACAAUGUAAAAACAAUGUUAAAACAGAUCUGGGUACUAAACAUUUCUUCAUGUUUACCGGUAGCUUUUUGAUCACAAGAGUGAUUUAUUUCUUGCUUGUUUGCGCCCACAGAUAAAGAAGACAUGUUUCAAAACGUGUUAUCUCAGGUGGCAGAGCAGUUCAGCAGGUAAUUGGUGUGUUUAUGUUCCACUGCAGACAGAAGUUUUCCACUUUAGUCUUUUUCCCUUUCCACAGAAAUACCUCCAUGACACCAGGACCUUUCAAACAAACCCCUUUCACAUAUUUUUGCAGGGCUUUCCGAAUCAACGAGCUGAAAACUGAGGUGACCAACAGACUGGCCAUGUUGGAGAAAAGAGUGGAGUGUAUGUGCAGGGUUUAUUCUUUAACUUUCGAUGUGUGUUUCUCUCUUUGUGUGUGUGUGUGUGUGUGUGUGUGUGUGUGUUUCACUGUUACUGAAUUCACACCUUUAUGUACUAACAGUCAUGUUGUUGUUACAGUGGAGGGACUGAAGGUUGUGGAGAUUGAGAAGUGCAAAAAUGACCUAAAGAAACUACGAGAUGAGAUGACAUCCAGAGGAGGAGGGAGGUACGAUGACCUUUGACAUAAAUUACACUCAUCAAGCCAUGCUCCAGAGUUCUUAGGAUAUUCUAUAGUAAGACUUUUAUGAUGGUUUUAAAAUGUUGUUGUGAUUCAGAUAAAUCAUACAGCUAGUAGAUUGAUGAUACAAAUAUGAUGUAUUUGCUCGCAUCUCUUCAGAGUUGGGAACUGUCCCUGCAAAUACAACUUCUCAGACGACGGGAAGAAGCUUAAUCCCAGACGUGACGUCCCAAGUUAUCCAAAGGUACGGAAUUAGGAGAUUCUAGUAAUAUACAGUAGGCUACAUGUUUUUUUCUGAAUCAUAUCUAAAGAUAUUCAUCACUUUUACAUAAUUAAUCCUAAAACUGACGCAGUGCCUUCUCUCUCAUUUCUACAGUACACCUUAUCCCAGGAGACUAUUGAAGCACUGAAGAAGCCAACAUUCGAUGUCUGGCAUUGGGAACACAAUGAGGUUAGUUCUCUUGAGAUUCAGAUCUAAUAUAUAUUAUAUUUCCAACCAGAACUUUAUAAUCACAUUUUUGUAGUAAAACAUUUUGAAGUAUUUUCUCGAAUUGUGAACUUAAAGGAAUACUACACUCAAAAACGAUAUUUUGGUAUUUUGUUCAUUAGUCCAAUCCCAAAUGUUUUUGCAUGGCAGCAAUCAAGUUUAAGAUAGAGCACUUGUUGUGCCUUAUGAUGAUGUGUGUAGUAUUCCUUUAACUGUGUCUUUGAUCGGUGGUUUAGAUGCUAAGCUGCUUGGAGUAUAUGUAUCACGACCUGGGACUGGUGAAGGAAUUCAACAUGAACCCCAUCACUCUCAAACGCUGGCUGGUAAAAGUAUAACUGUAGAAAAGCAAUUACCUCCAUAUGCAAGUGAUAUGCAACUGAUAUGGAACAACAACUUCAAAAGAAGAGAACCAAAGAGUAUUGAUGACUAGGAUAGUUUGAUUGACAGCUUUCUUUCUCACAGCUGGGCAUUCAGGAGAACUAUCGCAGCAACCCGUUCCACAACUUCCGCCACUGCUUCUGUGUCAGUCAGAUGAUGUAUGGCAUGAUUAACCUGUGUAACCUGCCGGUAAGAAACGACUGUACUAAUAUAAUAUAAUACAUGCCAUUUACCAGACACAAAUGGUCUAUAACUAGGGUCCAGAGUUUUUUCCUGGUCAGGUCAGGUGGUCAGGAAAAUCUCCUGGCACCUUGUAUUAGAGAUUUAUAGUAGACUAACAUGUGCUAUGUGUGUUCCUCAGGAGAAGAUGACUCUGACGGACAUGGGCAUUCUCAUGACAGCUGCAGUGUGCCACGACCUGGACCACCCCGGGUACAACAACACGUAAGCGCCCAAAGGUUCCUACUCUGCGCCUCAGUUCCCCCUGCUCUAUAGCCUUGACUAGAUCUCUGAAUAGAUGUUGAUGAUAGACACAAUACUGAGGUGUUCAUUCACAAAGAGAUCUUUUGGAACUUCUUCAAUUAUGUUAUUACAUUGUGGAAAUGGUCCAAUGUAUGCUUCCAGGUUUGAUGUAAGGUCAGAAGUUCCUUCCUAACCAUGUGACAUGACCAGGGUAAAACUCUGGGCCCUAGUGAUUAUAGGCUUCCCUGGUCAGGACAUGUUGUCAAGGAACGCUCCUGGUUUUAGGCAUAAAUCAAACUGUCACAGAGGUGUAUUUUGCUCGUCAGGUACCAGAUCAACGCUCGCACAGAGCUGGCCGUGCGUUACAACGAUAUAUCUCCCCUGGAGAACCAUCACUGCGCCGUGGCCUUCCAGAUCCUCUCGCUGCCCGAGUGCAACAUAUUCGCCAAUGUCGAAUUGGAGGCCUACAAGCAGAUCAGACAGGUAGGUGGUGUCCUAGGCUAAUGCACAGUGAUUCUUCUGCAUCCCAAAUGGCAUAGUGCACCACUAUUGACAGAAGUAGUGCACUAUAUAGGGAAUAGGGUGCCAUUUGGGAUGCGGCCUUUGUCUUUUUGCAUUUCCUUCUCUCCAACUAACCAGGAGAUGUUUUGAGUUGGCCUAAGGCAGGAUGAUUCCAUCUCCCUUUACAGGCCAUCAUUACCCUGAUCUUGGCCACAGACAUGGCCCGGCAUGGAGAAAUAUUAGACUCCUUCAAACAUAAAGUGGACAGCUUUGACUUCACCAACGAGGAGCACGUCACAUGCGUACGUAUCGUACAUCACAUGACAUCAACUGUCUAUGAAUACUGUAUAUCAAGGGGUGCCAAAUAGGCAUAACUUUGUUCAGGUAUAGCCUCAGCACUUCAGCAAACAACAAAAGGUAGGAGGGGUGGUCAAUAACAAAGACAGGGAUGGAAAAAUAGGGCAUACCCAAGAAAGACUUUGAAUAGGGGACUGGAGAUAUCACGUGAUUGUAAUGGAGUUAAGAUCGUACUGUAAGCUCACUCCACAGCUAUCUUGAAAUGCCGCCAAUGGAGCUAUCGAAUUAGAUCUUUUUCGAUAGCUCAAGCGGUUGGUACGUUGUCAAGGAGGGGGUCACGUGGGUCUGCGAGCAGAGGAUCACUGGUUCAAGCCCGAUAUGGGGACAUGGACGGUGGAGGAAGCUAAACUGUUAGCAGCACACUGAUGUCCGUUUCAUGAUGUCAGUCCUGUCCAUCCUAUGGAAUAAAGCCAGAGGGUUCGAAGAUAAAGUGCCUGUGUUAAUCUUAAGUGCUCCAAAGCCUUUUACCACAAAAAGUCUAGCCAAUGAUAAAAACUAUGGUUGUGUUGACAUAAUGCAUGGUGAAAAGGUCUCUUUAUGCCUUGUCCGUAUGUGUGCAGCUGAAGAUGGUUUUGAUCAAAUGCUGUGACAUCUCCAACGAGGUUCGGCCUACGGAGGUGGCUGAACCCUGGGUGGACUGUCUGCUGGAGGAGUAUUUCAUGCAGGUGAUCUCAAUCAAGUCUAAUCAUGUCUAAGAAUAAUAAUGUAUAAUAAUGUAUAAUUAUAAAGUCUAAUAAUAAUGAGUCUAGUAAUGUGUUGAUUGGAAGUAUGGGGUGAAAACAGGCUCAGCUGUCACUCUUGAAGUUGCGCAUGCUUUUAUUAGAAGGGUAAAAAUAAUGUAUGUUUUAGCCAUCUUGGCCUUCAUCAGAAUGAGUCUAUUAAUUAGAAUGAUGUCAUUAAAGAGUGGAGUGACAUGUUCAAACCCUCCUGUCUCGGGAAUGGACAGAGUGACAGGGAGAAGACUGAAGGGCUGCCGGUGGCUCCGUUCAUGGACAGAGACAAAGUGACCAAGCCCACUGCCCAGAUCGGAUUCAUCAAGUUUGUCCUCAUCCCA